CAAUCCAUUGGUAGUCAAGCGAUUGCGAAGCGCUGUUUUGCGCAGAUAUGCGCAGAUGCUGAAUGUAUAAUUUUCUGUGUGCCUUCAACUUGUGCGUUUCGCGGUCUUUGUUAUUUUGUGUGCUCUGUAAUGAACUUUGUCGCCAUUGUACUAAGCACAGCUAUGGUGCGCACACCAUAGCUGGUGCAAGGACUGGCUGUAUGCAAUGAGCGAUUGACGUUGGCGGUUAUUGUAAUGCCUGCCAGCGAUCACUUGUGACCGCCUGUGACCAACGAGCUGUGAUAUAAUGGUUGACAACUCUUUAUUCCCCAUUUGAAUCGAUCUUAUGACUUCGUGCUUGGUUAUGUGCCGGUGUUAUUACUUGCUAAGCGACUGGAACGCGAAGAUGUUAAAAACAGUACGCCUCGAAAAGCGCGUUUGCAACGAAGCAGUAGUUUUUGCGUCGAAGUAACAUGUCGGAGGCCAGAAAAUGCGCCCCGUCUCUUACGAAGUUGUCCACUUGUUCGUGAUCGAGCCUGAUUUUAGGAUAGCUGUUCAAGCAGGCGUGCGAUUUUUGUAGUAGCUAUUUGUAUAUUUGACACUAGUGUUCUACUUUUGAGUCGUGGAGGAACGAAAGUACUUCUGGCCAACCUUUCGGUGAUUCCUCGAUAAAUUAUGCGCGCUCUCUCUCGGUUGCUUUGCAGCUUUCCUCGCUUCUUAGGCGGAGUACGUUCACCAAUUUAGCAAAAAUGAAGCUGGCGACCGCCACGCUGCCGGAUUUGAAAGCACUUGCCGGCGCUAUCAUCGAACAACACGAGACAACGCAGGGAGAGAACAAGCUCAAGACAUUUUGCAGUGCCUACAGGCAGGGUACUAAAGUGCAGAAGGCUGAAUUUUUGCAGUUUCUUGCGAAGGAAUUUUACAUUGACAGACAACAGUUUGAGGCAUCUGCCAGGAGCUACUUAGAGGACACUCAGAACGAGCCAGCAUUUCGAUUCAGAGAUGAAGAGCGCCUUGGUGCCCUACUCACGCCAAAAUAUGUGUCGUUCUUUCACAUUCUGGGAAGGAGUGAAGGUGGCGUCAAGUUUCUCGUUGACGUGAGGGGUGAUUUGCUUGAUUUAAUACUUUUGCUACAAACAGAAAACCCUUGCUUCUACGACGUUCGGCACAUGAACAUCAUUCUUAAGGAUCUCUUGGCACUGUGGUUCACAGUGGGCUUCAUCAAGUUGGAGCGCAUCACGUGGCAGUCCUCCUGUGAAAUGCUGCAAAAGAUAUCAGAAUAUGAGGCUGUUCAUCCAAUACGCAACUGGACUGACCUGAAGCGCCGUGUUGGGCCCUACCGCCGCUGCUACGUCUUCACGCACAGUUGCAUGCCUGGCGAGCCCAUUGUAGUGCUACACACUGCCUUGACCAGCUCCAUCUCCUCUUCCAUUCAGAGAAUUGUUGGCCACCGGCACAGUCCCGAGGAACCUGAGCCACCUGAGGAUUGGGAAGACGAAAAAAUCAUAAAGUGUGCCAUCUUCUACUCGAUCUCGUCAACUCAGAAAGGUCUGCAAGGUAUCGAGCUUGGGAAGUAUCUCAUCCAUAGUGUAGUGAAGAAGGUCAAGGCCGAGUUUCCCAAUGUGAAUGAGUUCUCAUCUCUCUCACCGAUCCCUGGCUUUAAGGAGUGGAUCAUGUCAGAAAUUAACAAGAUUCUCAGAGGUAACGCCGAGGCAAGCAAGCUCUUCAAUCGUCAACAGCUGGAGGCCGCUGUGCAGCCAUACAGCGAAAAUAGGCGUCCACUGGAUGCGCUUCUGAUGUUGUUGCGCAACAACGGCUGGUUCCACAUUCCCGAACUGGUCGCCCAGCUUCAGGAGCCUCUGAUGCACCUUUGUGCAAUAUAUCUCUACCACGAGAAGCGGCGCGGUUAUGCUCUCAACAACGUUGCCAACUUUCACCUGAAAAAUGGUGCUGUGAUCUGGAGGCUAAACUGGCUGGGCGACGUUUCUCCCCGUGGGCUCUCAUCAUCUUGCUCCAUUAUGGUGAAUUACAGGUAUUACUUAGAGGACAUGGAAGACUACAGACAUGCCUAUGUGGAGAAUGGAACCAUCACAACUUCUGACAUGUUCAUGCAACAUCUGAAGCCUCUUCACUCCUUGCUGUGAAGUUGUUUAGUAUCUGUGUCUGGUGAAAAUGACACUUGAGUGGUAUUGCCUCCAUUAUGGCAGCUCUCACCAAUUGACUUUUGUGAGUUCGGUAUGCUUGUUAUAUAGCGACGACUUUGUUGGAGUGUCAAGAGCAGUGGAAUUGCUACAAUAUGAUUGUUUUUGCUGGCAAAGGUUGAUGGUAGAGGAUGACAUCAGAAUUGAAUGGCCAAUGAGAACAUUAGUGAGUUUAUUUUCACUAAUCAAAUUUUAAUUGUUUAUGGUUCAGAAAGGCACACAUACAAAACAAGUACACAAGAAUGAGAAGGACAGCACAAACACUGUGCUCUCUAAGCUAACCUUUCUGUGCCAUAAAUCCUUACCAAGUUGCUCUGGUUUCAACCAAUUUAUUAAUUUUGUUCUGCUUAUUUCAGUUGCGAAAUUCAAGCCUGUCAUUGCUCAAGCCAGACACAUACAGGUCCUGAGACUAGCACCAAUUUCAAGACAGCCAUCCAAAAACUUGCAGCGAAAUGCAUUGGUGUUGUACUUUAUAUUUUCUCACAAAGCCUUUCUUGUGCAGUGUGAAACAAAGCUGCGUGGCGCACCACUGCCUUUCGUCGCCAAUUUUGUGGACGAAUGUCCCGAAACUGUGCUAUCAUCAGAAUUCCUGCUAACUGUACAUGUCUUGACACUCUUCAUCACUGACUGGCUUUAAUUCCACAUUUACAAUAUGCAUGCUGAUGUUACUGAUUAGAAAUAGUUAGUGGAAGUAUUUAAAUAAGGAGCGUACUGGAAGUUAUCACAAAAUUUUAGGUGUCUACUGCUGCUGUGAAUUUAGGCCAGUAAAAAUUAUCAUUUUAUGUCAGGGGUCUUAAACUCAAGACAGUCUUCACUGAACCACCUCAUACUUCACUGGCAGCUGUUCUUGAGCAUACCACCUGGCUCUAGCAAAACCUUGCAAUUCUCAUUCCUAUAGUUCAAGAGGCACAAAAGGAAAGCAUUAAGUUGGGUUGAUCAAUUAUAAUUCUAAAAUCGCAGACAGGUGGCUUUUACUGAUACUGCUUGCUGCAGAAUGGAGAUUGGGAAUGCCAGAAAAUGACAAAGUGAAAUACAGUGGUAUUGCCUGCACUACGUAGUGAUGGAAGCUUUCAACAAGUGCUAUAGUAAAAUUUUUCACCAAGGCUGAGGUAAUUUGAUGACGGUAGUUUGUGAGCUACUGCUUUUCUUCUUUCGAAUUCCUGGAGCAGCUCGUUACGUGUUAACAAAUUGUAGGAGCACCUGGUCGAUUUUAGACAAGCAUUGUUUAUAUAUAUAUAUGAAGAAAGAGAUAACUAUUUUAACAUAAGACAUAGGCAAGAACUCAGCAUGACAACUUUGUACAACUUUUCUUUUUUUUUUUUUUUAUUGCACGAAAGCAACAUCUUUGACGUCACAUAACAACAUCAUCACCAUUGCAGUUUGGGCCUUAAAUGUAAUAAUGGAAGGUCAUCCCUGCUUUGCCCCUCUAAUGAGUCAUAUUUUGUCACUGAACCAGGGCAGGCACAAAGCUAAAGAAAAAUGAAAUAUAAAAGUAAUCUAUCAGCCUGGCCUAAUUUAGCACUUCCGAUUUUGUGUUCUUUUAAACUGUUAUAGCCCAGUGGUUGUGCAAUAGCUGACUGUAGCCAAGUUAGCAUCAGUCAUUAUGGUGUUUUCACUUAGGAAGUAUUCUUUUAACACAACUUUUUCAGAUGUGAGCAAAACUCACCUGUUCAUAAGAAACAAGCCAGGCAACGAUUUAUGCUUGACCAUGUCAAAAGCAAUGUUCAUUAUGUUACGAGGUUAAAAAAAGAAAGUCCUCUGUGUAUAAAUGAUGUCGUUUUUGUUUCCUCACUGCUGUGCCUGCAGCAUAUUCAGCAGCACAAGCAUAAAGAUUUGUUGUUUACCGAUUUUUCACGUGUAAAUAAAAAAAUUACGUAGCUA